CACAUUGUACUUUUGAUACUAGAUAUGGGAUGAUAAUGACAACGAUUGGCCAUACGCUUAGCGAUAUAGUCUCUGCUCGCAACACACGCUUACACAAUUUUUGGGUACUCAUCUUCAAAUCCUAAAUCGUAUCAGCAAACUGACCAGAUAACAAAACAAUGGCGUUCAUCCUGAACAUCAUCGAAAUCAGUCUUAUUAAGUGAAUUUGUAGACAAUUUUCUCAAUUCACCGUUUAGUGCCAAGAAAAUUAGUUGUGCCAAAGUAUCAGCAGAACAUCUAGUUAAAAUGUCGGGUGUUUUGAAGCAAUACCUUGCAACAAUCACAUGCAAUAUUCUUGCGGCAUCAUAUGGAUCGGCUUGUGCAUGGGCCGGGCCAAAUUUUUUGGUUCUAACUGCAGAUGAUACCCCCAUAGCAUCGGGCCCUCUUUCAACAUCAGAAGCCGCUUUGGUGGUGUCGAUACCAUGCUUUGGAGCCAUUAUCGCUUGUCUAUUAUAUUCGUUAGCCAUAGAUCGAUUCAGUCGAAGAGUUCAUUUAAUUUCGAUCGCGCUUCCUUUACUGAUAAGCUGGGUGAUAUUGCUGCUGGCGACAAACGUUUAUCAUUUGUAUGUGGCGCGAUUUCUUGUAGGUUUUAGUGGUGGUGGUUUAUUUAUCGUUAUUCCAGUGUAUGUGAGCGAAAUUGCCGAACCCAAAGUACGUGGCACACUUGGUUCGAUGAUGAUAUUGAUUUGCAACUCUGGCAUUUUGUUGGGUUUUAUCCUUGCUAGCUAUCUGGAUUACUUCGGCCAAAUCAAGGCAAAUAUCCUGUUGCCAACACUUUUCUUUUUGUUCUUCAACUUCUUCCCAGAAACGCCUGAAUGGUUGCUGAAGCGCAACCAAAAGAUCGCUGCUGAAAAAUCGCGCAACUUCUAUCGUGGCCUCAAUAAUCCACCAUCGUACGAAAUGAAGCAGGUCGACGAAAAGGAAAAGACUUACGAAAAAGUUGUAAAUGAUGAGAGCAUCGAUGAUGGCUUAUCACUUUCAGAUUUCUUCACUCCAGCGGCAAAGAAAGCAAUCCUAAUCGGCGUGGUAAUCGGCUCAUUGAAUCAACUGUGUGGCAAUUUUGCGAUGAUAAAUUACACAAACAAAAUCUUUGCCGAAGCUGGUUCGACAUUAUCCGGAUCGGCAGCAUCUGUUAUCGUUGCCAUCGUACAGUUGUCCGCAAAUGCUUCUGCUGUGAUACUGGUCGAUCGUGCCGGUCGCAAAUUGUUGAUGACGGCAUCAGCAUUCGCAACGGGCCUUGGAUUGAUUUCCAUGGGUCUUUACGAUAUGUACAAGGAGUCGUUGAUGGAACAUCGAUGGAUCCCGAUUGCUGCAUUCUCAAUGAUCAUUUUCUUCUCUUCGGUUGGCAUGCUUCCUCUUACCUAUGUGAUUUUGAGUGAACUUUUGCCCAGAAAGAUCAAAAACAUAAUCAUACUCUUGGCAAUUGAAUGUAUGUGGUGUUUGGCGUUCGGUCUCGUCUCAUUCUAUCCAAUUUUGACCGAAACGUUCGGCACUUCGAUGUGUAUGUUCUUCUUUGCAACAUGUUGUAUGCUUGGUGCACUGUUUUACAUGACAGUAUUGCCAGAAACAAAAGGAAAAACAUACGAAGAAGUCAUGGAAGCCUUAGCCAAACUCAAUGCAUCGUUUAGUGCCAAGAAAAUUGGUUGCGCCGAAGCAUCAACAACACACCGAGUUAAAAUGCCGAGUGUUUUGAAGCAAUAUCUUGCAACAAUCACAUGCAAUAUUCUUGCGAUAGCAUAUGGAUCGUCUUGUGCAUGGGCCGGGCCAAAUUUUUUGGUUUUGACCACAAAUGAUACACCAAUAGAAUCGGGCCCUCUUUCAACAUCAGAAGCCGCUAUGGUAGUUGCGAUACCAUGCUUUGGAGCCAUUAUCUCUACUCUCUUCUAUUCGCUUGUUAUUGAUCGAUUCAGUCGAAGAGUUCAUUUGAUUUCGAUCGCGAUCCCUCUACUGCUAAGCUGGGUGAUAUUGCUGUUGGCAACAAACGUUUACCAUUUGUAUGCGGCACGAUUCAUUGGCGGUUUUUCUGGAGGUGGCGCGCUUAUCGUUAUACCAAUUUUCAUCACAGAAAUUGCCGAAGAUGAAGUUCGUGGCACACUUGGUUCGAUGAUAAUAUUGUUCUGCAAUACUGGUGUUUUGACCGGUUUUGUCCUUGCCAGCUAUCUAGACUACUUCGGCCAAAUCAAGGCAAAUAUCAUGUUGCCUACAUUGUUCUUGCUGCUCUUCAACUUCUUCCCAGAAACGCCUGAAUGGUUGCUGAAGCGCAACCAAAAGAUCGCUGCCGAAAAAUCGCGCAACUUCUAUCGUGGCCUCAAUAAUCCACCCUCGUACGAAAUGAAGCAGAUUGACGAAAAGGAAAAGACUUACGAAAAAGUUGUAAAUGAUGAGAGCAUCGAUGAUGGCUUAUCAUUUUCAGAUUUUUGUACACCAGCGGCAAAGAGAGCAAUAAUAAUCUCCCUGGUAAUAGGCUCAUUGAAUACGUUGUGUGGCAGUUUCGUGAUGAUUAAUUAUACAAACAAAAUCUUUGCCGAAGCUGGUUCGACAUUAUCCGGAUCGGCCGCAUCUAUUGUCGUUGCUCUUGUAAUGUUGUCAGCCAAUUUCCUUGCAAUGGUGCUUGUCGAUCGCGCCGGUCGUAAAUUGUUGAUGACCGCAUCAGCAUUCGCAACGAGCCUUUCCUUGAUUUCCAUGGGUCUUUAUGAUAUGUUCAAGGAGUCGUUGAUGGAACACCGAUGGAUCCCAAUCGUUGCAUUCUCAAUGAUCAUUUUCUUCUCUUCAGUUGGCAUGCUUCCUCUUACCUGUGUGAUUUUGAGCGAAAUUUUGCCCAAAAAGAUAAAAAACAUAAUCAUUCUCUUGGCAUUGGAAUGUAUGUGGGGUUUGGCGUUUGCUCUCAUCUCAUUCUAUCCAAUUUUGACUGAAACGUUCGGCACCUCGACGUGCGUGUUCUUCUUUGCAACAUGUUGUAUGCUUGGUGCAAUUUUCUACCUUACUGUUUUACCGGAAACGAAAGCAAAGACGUACGAAGAAAUCAUACAAGCCCUGGCCAAAUAGAUGUAGAUCUGAAAUUUAGCUAUGACUUAAAUCAAAUAACCAAGUUUGUAAACACACAUCACAUCAUGUAAACACAAAUGAAACAAUGUGAUCUCUGUGGAAUAGAAGACUUGAUCAAA